CCUCCGACGCUCCUCGGAACCUUCCUUUUCGUUCCGGCCUCAUUAGAGCAAACAUGGCGGCAGAGGGAGACGUCGAUCUGGACCUGGAAGCCGAGGAGAACUGCACCGGGAAACCGGCAGAAAAGCCCCGUAAACAUGACAGCGGGGCCGCGGACCUGGAGAGGGUCACGGACUACGCGGAGGAGAAAGAAAUCUCCAGCUCGGAUUUAGAAACGGCGAUGUCAGUGAUCGGAGACAGAAGAUCACGAGAACAGAAAGCCAAACAAGAAAGAGAAAAGGAGUUGGCCAAAGUCACCAUCAAGAAAGAAGACGUAGAACUCAUUAUGUCAGAGAUGGAGAUUUCCCGGAUGACGGCGGAGCGCAGUCUAAGGGAACACAUGGGGAACGUGGUGGAGGCUCUCGUCGCUCUGACCAACUGAACAGAGAGCAUCGACUCUCUGGACUGCUUCACUUUGUUGUUUUUCUCCAGGGCUCAUCAAGACUGAACCAAACUCUGUGGUUACACUGCUGUGAUCGAAUCUUUAAUCAUAUUUCUUUUCUUUUAUAAAAUAAAAGUUUAACUGCCUCCUUUUCCCACAAUAA